UGCACUUUUUAUCUUACUAGACAACUGCAACUGCACGAUACAUUGCCUCGAGCAGACCCUGAAAAUCCUGCUAUGGCAGGCUUGGGGCAAGCCACCUAUCAGGCCAUCCCCUUGUCUCGCAACAACAAUUAGACUUACUAAGUUCCUACUUCGUACGACAACUCCUACUAAUGUGAGGUACCGGCUUGAAGUGCAUCUGCACAGUUUGUGCUGUACUGUAUGUACAUACAUCGGCACAGGGUGCCAACCGAUGCCGUGCCUGGCAAGUUGGCCACCAACUGCAUGAAAGGCAAAUGGCACUUUCCCUUUUCUUGGUCUCGUCUCCCCGCCCGUCCCAACACUCUAAAUGUCAACGUCAGUCUCCAGACAGUCGAACAGUUUUCCAGGUUUUUUUGUCAGUGUUGUCCAUACACGGCCCUCGCAGCUUUUGCCCACCGCCAUGGCAUUCCCUCUCCGGGAGUCUCUCGAAUGCGUGGCUGGCAUCACGGCCAUCCAAUGGACGACCCUCGCCUUGGGCGCUGUCUCGCUGUACGCGUCAGUUCGCUGUUUCUACCACCUGUAUCUACAUCCCGCUUCUAGGUUUCCCGGUCCCAAGCUUGCGGCGAUCUCAAACGUGUGGUAUGCGUAUUAUUGGGUAACAGGAAAAUAUCCCAUGGCAAUUGCUAAGGCCUUGAACAAAUAUGGAGACGUUGUCCGUAUAGGCCCGAACGAACUGGUCUUCAUCUCUCCCAAGGCUGCAUCAGACAUAUACGCCUCGCACACAAAACACAUGGAGCACUUCCCCAAGGCAAAAUUUGUGGAUCUCGGUGGAGGAGACAAAGGCCUCACUUGGGAGACAGACCCGGCCAAGCACCGCGACGUUGCCAAAAGGAUUGCCCCGGCGUUUAGCGUCAAGUCCAUCAGGUCCAAGGAGCCGACCAUGCACAAGUACAUUGACCUGUUUGUCUGGAAAAUGAGGGAGGUGGGAGGCCAACAAGGCGGUAUAGAACUUAGGACGUGGACAGACUGGGUUGCCAUGGACAUCUCGGCAGAGCUGGCCUAUGGGCACGAGAUGCACCAGGUAGAGCGAGCAAAGACCGCGCCCUUUCUCGACUCCCUGUGGGGCGUCAACUUCUUCGUUGCCAUCCACCAGAUCCUCCACAGAUUCCCCCUCUUGUCGCCGUUGCAAUACGCCUUCGUGCCCCCUGCGGCCAUCGUGAGCGAGCUCCGCGCCCGGAGCCUCAACCGCGCCAAGCUCGAGCAACGCAUCGCCCAACGCGGCGCAACCAAGCACGCGGAUCACUUCGACCAGCUGUCGCCAGCGUCGGCGCCGGAUCCCAUGCCCAGGGAGAAGAAGCACCUCGAGGUCGUGGCCGCGCAACUACUCAUCGCCGGCUACGAGCCCAUCUCGAGCCAGUUCCUGUGCACGCUCAUGUUCUCGCUGCAGGAGCCCAAGCUGCACCAGCAGCUGGUUGACGAGAUCCGCUCCGCGUUUGCGCGGUACGAGGACAUCACGCCCGACGCGCUGGCGGGCCUGCCGCUGCUCCACGCGGCGCUGCUCGAAACGCUGCGCCUCACCUUCAUCGGCGGCGGUGGGCUGCCGCGCGUCAGUCCCGGCGCCACCGUCGACGGACACCACAUACCGCGCGGCGUGGGUGUGCAGUACGCGCACUGGGCUUUUACGCGCAGCCCGCGCUACUUCCACGAGCCGCGUUGCUUCCGCCCGCAGCGCUGGCUGCCGGCUGACCAUCCGGCGUGGGACCCGGCGUUUGCAAGCGACGCGACGGAGCAUUUCUUUCCCUUCAGUCAGGGCCCGCGCUCGUGUCCAGGUAUGGGCCUCCGUGGCGCGAGACGCGGCUGUUUGUUGCCAAGGUGCUCUGGUCGUUUGACGUCGAGCCCGUGCCCGGCCAAAAGCCGGUCGUUUUUGAGGACGCGUUUCGCAUGUACGGCAUGUGGAGCAAACCGCAGUUCUGGGUUCGGUUGCUUCCGCGGCAGGAACAGGGAUUUGACUAAUGAGGCUCCGUCAAGGCCGAGUUUGUCAUGUCGCUGGAAGGAUUUGGGAGGCCGGUAGCGCUGGAAGGGGAGUACGGGCAGCCGGCAAGCGCUGAGAAGCACGCUUUGACUGUCAGGCUUUUGCUCAGUUUCAAGAGUUUCUGAACACAGCCUUGCUCAAAAUCGCACCCGACCCGUGUUGUGGGUCGGGGGUUCGAAAGUG